AGCGUAGAUCAUUGGUUCUACCGUGCAGGAGGAAUAGCAAGUGUAGCAGGAUCACCUUCACCAACAAUGAACCUGCAUAUCAGAGAAGUUGAGGAGCGAGCCAAACUGCUUCAGUCACUAAAAACUGAGACAGAAGACAUCAAGAAUAGAUUGGUGGCAGUCUCUGCUAGGUGCCAUGAACUGGAAAACAUACAACCGGCAGAGUUACAGGUCUAUAAACCUGCAUCUGAUGUUGAAACAGUUCAGGAGCUCCUGCGAGAUGCCCUGGAGAAGAACCAGCAGUGGCUGGCUUAUGAUCAGCAGAGAGAGGCUUAUGUCACUGCAGUGCUGGCCAGAAUCUACCAACUAGAGCAGCAGCAGAGUGGCACCAGUGUAGCCAUCCAGCAGCAGCAGCACAAAGAUCCUGAUUCAAGAGAGAGGAGUUGUCGAGAAUCACAAGGGGAGUAUGAGAAGGCUCUGAAGUCCUGUGAAGAACAGCUGAAGCAGGAGCUUCAAAGUAUUGCCCUGGCACAGGCAGAGCUGGGUCGUGUGAAGAGAGAGGUUCAUGACAAAAAGGAAGAACUUUGCCAGGUUCAGACACAGACUCAAGAGAAGCAGGAAGAACUGGAUCAGUUGCGGCUCCAGAUUGAAGAGGCCAAUAGAGAUCGGAGUGAAAUACAAGACCUUCUUUGCUGCAAAUGGACAGAGCUAGACCAGCUGCAGAAGGAAAUCCAGGUCAAGCAGUGUGAACUUGAUCAAGUGCAGCACCAGAUCAGAGACAAGCAUUGCGAAAUGAGUCAGAUGCAUCAGCAGCUGAAAGAUCAUAAGAGAGAACUUAGCAAAGGGGUGCAGCUGCAAGAGGUGUUGCAGAAACAGCAAGAGAAACAGACCAGGAUUGCCGUACUAGAAAAACAGGUUUCACGCUUCGCUGAAAAUGUGGAAACGCAGACAUGUGAGAAACAGCACUUGCAGAAGCACCUUCACAAAGUCUUAAAAGAUCUGAGCAAAGCACAGGAAUACAUCUCCAAAUUAGAGGAUGAGUUGGAUAAAGCGCAGAGUAAAACUGUCACCAGUCCUGGGCUUGAGAAACAUGUCCAGAGCCUCAAGGGAUCACCAAGAGUGUCCAGUCCCCUGGACGAGAGCUUCCUUGAGUGUCCUAACUGCAGACUCCAGUAUCCCACUAGCCGUCACAGGGAGCUAGUGAUUCACAUUGAUAAGUGUUGUGGAUGAUAGCUUACUUUUAUUAAUCAUAAUAAGACAACUUUCAGAAACACAUUUAUUAAUGUAAGAAGUUGUCAGGUUUAUAGGUGUUCAGAAUGCAAUUUCUUUUUAAGUUACAUUUUCAAGGAAUGUUUUUAUGGAACUAAAUGCAUUUUCAAAAUAAUAUUACAUUUGUAUUUGUUUUCAAAUAAA